UGGAGCGUUAGAGUAAUAAGGCAGUUUCUUGUAGAAAGUCUGUUAAACAAACGCUGAACUAAAGAGAACCGAAAGAUUUCAUUGUUUGAGGUCGCUUACAGUGAGCUAGUUACUCAUUAACGAAUUCGUUAGUUCAUCUCUGAGUCAGAACGGUGUCCCUCAGCGCGUCCUGCUGAGCGCAGCGGGUAAAGUUGGGCGUUCACUUACCGUCCGCAUGACAUCAUCUCGAAAGGGAAUUCUCGCACUCGGCCAGUCCCCUAUAAAACCGGCUGUUAUCUCCAAUGCUGGAGUCACUGAGAGCACAGCUGCUGCUAUCAAACACGGGACGUCUCGUAAACGGUCUGUUUCUACCGCCAUGUCUUCAUACGCGUCUUCAGACUCUCGCCGCGUCAGUCCCGCCGUGAGCAGCGUCAAGUUUGACACGGCGCACCGCAAGAAAGCGUCGCCAAACAUCUUCGAGAACGUCAACCAAGACGUCCUGGUGAAACUCUUCGAGAAAGCAGGAGACCUGAAGGCGGUGGAGAGAGCCAGGAGCAUUCUCGCGCUGCACCAGGAUCCUGAGGGCAUCUCCAAAGCGCUCAUGGCUCUUCAGCAGGACAAGAAGGACAAAUUGAUGCUCAUUACCGGACUGACGCGCCAGUCGCUGAAGUUUCGUUGAGGGAAGUUUUCGUUGGGAAGCUGUGCAGAUGUCUGCACAGAGAAAGAAGCCGUGAUCACAUAUGCUGGAGCCUGGUGUUCCUCAAGGCUUUGUGCUGAACUUGUGGUCGGUGUCCUUACAGAGUCAUGCUGGCGUGCUGUGAAGAUACAGAGAGAGGAGAAUGAACUGAUCCGAAGCGAGAAAGUUGAGCUUAAAGACACCUGAGCAUUGAUGCUUCUUGACAUCAAGGAGAGCAUUUGAAAUAUGGACUGAUGCCACGGGUGAAAUUUGCAUAAAUUAUGAAGAGGUUUCCUAUCAGCCGUGUCAUAUUGCCAUGUUACAGUCUGCUUGAAAAAAUUAAAUAAAAUUGUUUUGAUAAUG